GCUGUCUGCAGCGAGUACACGGCCAGGUGUACGGUAUUCUCCACUUCUGCAGCACUGGAGGAAGACGAAAUUCACAGCUCUUUCUCGUCUGGGAAUUAGUCAGACAUCAUCUACUUCUCUGCUACCCUCCUCUUCUUUCUGCAGUCUGGUCUUCCCUGCUCUCAAUUCACCUCCCUGUAGCACCUUCUCUCUGCAGCUUUUGCUGCAUCUCACACCGUUCUCUGCCCCUCCUCUUCACUUUACGACCGAGUCACAAUGGAUAUCGGUGGUCUGACGACAGUGGUGGCCAACUCUGCCUACAUCUCGGCCCGUGGGAGCCUCGAUGGCACCGCCAACCCUGCAUCUAACCGAGACAAGAAGUACCACUCCCGCCUCAAGCUGCCUCACAUCACAGUGUGUGAAGGCCUCCGGGAGACUUUAGACUUGGGCUUCCAGACGGUCUGUGUGGAGCAGCCCAUCGGCAAACGUCUCUUCCAAGAGUUCCUAGACUCCAACAAUGAGUAUAAAGGCCCCUGUCGCCUGUGGAAGGAUAUUGAGGAAUACAACAUGGCCGAGGAUGAAGAUCGAGUCAAGAAAGCGAGCAAGAUCUUGUCCAGGUACAUGGAGCCUGGCGCCAAGUAUUUCUGCCCCUUCCUUCCAGAAAACGGCAUCACAAAGGUCAAAGAGAAACACCAAGAGGCCGGGGAUGAUCUUUUCAAUGAGACAAUGGACAAUGUGAUGGACUUUCUUAAGGAAGUGCCCUACACUUUCUUCCUGGAGAGUAUGUAUCUGAAAAGGUUUCUGCAGUGGAAGUGGUUGGAGAUGCAGCCCAUGGGAGAGGACUGGUUUUUGGAUUUUCGUGUACUGGGGAAAGGGGGUUUUGGGGAAGUGUCUGCCUGUCAGAUGAAGGCCACGGGGAAACUAUACGCCUGCAAAAAGCUCAACAAGAAGAGGCUGAAGAAGAGAAAAGGCUUUGAGGGGGCGAUGGUGGAGAAGAGGAUCCUGGCUCGAGUUCACAGCAGGUUCAUUGUCUCUUUGGCUUACGCCUUCCAGUCAAAAACAGAGUUGUGUCUGGUCAUGACCAUCAUGAACGGAGGAGACCUGAGGUAUCACAUUUAUAAUGUGGAUGAGAACAACCCAGGGUUGGAGGAGUCUCGGGCCUGCUACUACACUGCUCAGAUCAUCCAGGGCCUGGAGCACCUCCACCAGAAGAGGAUCAUCUACAGAGACCUCAAACCAGAGAAUGUGCUGCUGGAUAAUCAAGGUAACGUCCGUAUCUCUGACCUUGGUCUGGCUGUGGAGCUGGCUGACGAUCAGCUCAAAAUCAAGGGCUACGCUGGGACUCCAGGUUUCAUGGCUCCAGAGCUGCUGAAAGGAGAGGAGUACGACUACUCUGUGGAUUAUUUCACUCUGGGGGUCACUCUGUAUGAAUUUAUGGCUGCCAAAGGACCCUUCAGGACCCGAGGAGAGAAGGUGGAGAACAAGGUGGUAAAGAAGCGGAUCCUGAAUGAUCCAGUAACGUAUCCAGAGAAGUUCAGUGAGAACGCCCGGUCCAUCUGUGAGGGCCUGCUGAUAAAAGAGGUCGACAAGAGGCUCGGCUUCAAGAACGGAUCAUGUGACGAGCUCAGGGCUCACCCCUUCUUCAGCGAGAUCAACUGGAGGAAACUGAACGCAGGGAUCCUUACACCCCCUUUCGUGCCAGACUCCAAGACAGUUUAUGCCAAGAACAUUGACGACGUCGGGGCCUUCUCCACGGUUAAAGGCGUGCAGGUGGAGGACAAAGACAAGGAGUUUUUUGAUGAGUUCGCGUCAGGGAACAUCUCCAUCCCCUGGCAGGAGGAGAUGAUCGAGACGGGGAUCUACGGUGAGCUCACUGUCUGGGGAGCCAACGGCGCUCUGCCCAACGACCUGCGACGAGAAUCCAUCCUGGAGCAGCCGCCCAAGUCCUCCACCUGCACGGUGUCGUAAGAGGCUACCAGGAUGAUCUUACAUGAACUGUCUGCUUAUAAGUCAGUCACGCUUUAUUUUUUUAAGCACUUUUCAUACAAGAUUUCAGUACAGAUUAGUUGUGUAUUUAUUAAUGAUGAUGAUGAUAAAGUUUUGUUUUGUUUGUUUGUUUUUUUUUACCAUCAGUGCAGCUUUAAUAGAUAAUGGGAUACUUAAAGUAUUACCCGCACUUUAUGUUUUAAUGCAAGUCAAGUAAUUCAAUUUUUGUUUGUCAUUACAUUCAAUACAAUAUACAUUCAAGUGAUGACACACACACACACACACACACACCAGUGAAAUCAUGUGCUGCAUAUGUUUUUGUCUGUGUUUCUACUUUUUGCUUCUCCAGUGUGUUAUAGAUCAGAAGUGUAAAUAAGCUUGUGUCCGUUGCUGCAGAUAUGUUGAAUGAUGAAUUGAAAUAAAUA